AUGCUCUGGAUCCGAAUUCGACUCGAGGGGAGGGAGGUGAUGGUGGUGUCAGUGUAUGUGGAAGGGAAGAACGACGAGGCGCUGGCGAGCGCGAUGGAGGUGUUGCGCGACGUGAUCGAUCGCUUCCGCAAUGGAACAGGAAACCGCACAGAUGUGGUUCUGGCGGGGGACUUCAAUCGCCACGAUCUCCUCUGGGGCGGAGAUGAGGUGUCAGCGAGAAGACAAGGGGAAGGUCAGCCCAUCGUUGACCUGAUGGACGACGUUGGUCUCUGCAGCCUUCUCCCGAGAGGGACGAAAACGUGGCAGGGGCCGGACAAGGAGAGCACCAUCGACCUGGUGCUGGCAUCGGCAGAACUGGCAGACGAGGUGAUAUCCUGCGUGAUUCACCCGACAGAGCACGGAUCAGACCACAGAGCGAUCCAGACGACCUUUGACAUUCAAGUACCGGAGCGAAUGUUUCCGCAGCGCCUGCUGCUCAGGAACGCGCCGUGGGUCGCCAUCGCAGCCAGGGUCGAGGACGAGCUUCGACCUCUUCCGUGGAACGUGGGGGUGCAGACGCAGGCGGAUCAGCUCAUGCGGGUGGUCACCAAGGUGCUGCACGAUCUGACACCCCGGGCACAGCCGCCGCCUUACGCGAAACGAUGGUGGACGAAGGACCUUACACGACUGCGGCGGACAUACACGUACUGGCGCAAUCAAGCGAGGGCACAGCGACGAGCCGAAAAGGCCCAUUGGGAUGACUUCGUCACGGACGAGAGCAACAUCUGGAAGGCAGUCAAGUAUGUGAAGUCUGGUACGGAGAUGACAGAUGACAAGGUGCCGCCGUUGAAGAGAGCCGACGGCUCGAUCACCGAAGGCAAGGGCGAGCAAGCAGAGGAGCUCCUGAGCACCUUCUUCCCGCCUCUGCCAACGAGGAUCGAACCGGAGGAUGAGAGCAAGGGCCCUGCCGCAGGCCGGUCUACCACAGGGAUCGCCACUGUCGCCAGUGGCUUUUCUUUCUUCAACGCGGACCUGGUGCAAAGACGGAUCAGUAACAACGGUGGGUCCAUCGCCUUUGUGGACGAUUACUCUGCCUGGGUCACGGGACCAACGGCAGAGUCGAACAGAGAUGGUAUUCAGUCGAUUAUCGAGGAUGCGCUCGAUUGGGAGAAGCGCAGCGGCGCCACGUUUGAAGCGGAUAAGACAUCCGUCAUCCACUUCACACGCAUCGCGGAGCGCGACAGCGAAUUGCCCCUCACCAUCAAAGGAAACGAUAUCAAGCCGAAGAAGAACGUGAAGCUGUUGGGAGUCAUCAUGGACAAGGCGCUUCGCUUCAAAGAGCACAUCGCCAGUGCGGCCGCCAAGGGGCUGGCCGCGGCCAUGUGCUUGAAACGACUGAAGAUGGCCUCGCCACGGAUGGCGAGGCAACUGUUCGUCGCGACCGUGGCGCCAACCAUGGACUAUGCUUCAAACGUGGCCCAGCGAAUUGGAGCCCAGGCAGUCACGGGAGGCUUCCGCACAGUUGCAACGGCAGUGGCCGAGGCCGAGGCCGGAGUGCAAUCAGUUCGAGAACGGCACACUCAAGCAGCGACGAAAUUCUGGAUAAGGAUGCGGACGCUCCCGAAGACGCAUCCUCUGACAUCGUUGAGGCUCAAGCUGAACAGGAGGUAUGCUUCGCCAAUGCAGAAGCUCGCCUCGGCGAUGGGAAGAAUAGACACCAAGCGCCUGGAAGUCAUCCACGAGUUCGCACUGGCGCCGUGGGAGGACCGAGUGCAGGUAACGGAUGAGACAGACCGAGUGGAGGUGGUGAAGCCGGAUGACUCGGAGGGCAUCACUAUCGCGACGUCCAGCUCUCAAAGGAAAGGCAAGGUCGGGUUGGGAGGCGUCGUUCGGGAUGCUUCCCGCGACAGCGCAGACGGGGUGCUGGCCAGCUACUCCGCCACUCGGCUCCAGUGA